GAACUGUCGGACCUUCUUACCAACGAUCAGUGACGGCAUCUGCACUUGAGAAAAGGGGGGCCCUCCAAAUAAUCCCUCAAGAUCAGUCAGGGGAAGUGAUUGACCUGUGUGAUUAUGACUCUUCUCAACCAUCAGUUGAUACGUCAGGAGCCACUCAUCCCAUCACCUCUGACAGCAGCAGUGGGAUAUGCUGUCAAAUAGAAAAGGAUACCAGCAAAAUUGAGUGCUCUAUGAUUCCUGCAAGUUGGACAUCUUCUCUGGCAUUGGAACCCUGUAAAUUGGCCGAUCCUCUGCUGAGACACAUGUUUGGAAUAACAGCCGAUGUGAAAAUUAAACUGCAGAGGAUUGAUAAAGACUCGUUUGCAAAACUUCUACUGAGUGAGUCCAUGAAGUCGCUGGAGGAUAAUCAAGAACUAGCAAGCGGGUUGCAAGAGAAAGAUUUUUCUUUACAGGACCUUCGCAGUCUACAAGACGGUAACAGCUGGAAUGGUAAAGUACUGAAAACUGAACCAGAGGAUUGUGACAGUCCAACUCCUCUCCCUGAGUUUUACCAAUCAGGCAGCACUCUGGACAAAGGAACAUCUUGUCAUAUUAAAAGUGAGCCAGAUUGUGGCUACGUGGAGCCCAUAGAUGAAGAUUUCCUCAGCACAGACGAAAGCGACAUCCCUAAUUCGCGGGACAUCGCUGGCCAGCCGCAGACUCCGACUUGUGUGGAUACGAACACAAACAUGGGGAGAAUGGGAAGGAAAAGGAAGCGCACAAUGUGUCCUUGUUGCGUCCCAACACAGUUGGAGAAGCCCGAGAAGUGGGAAUGGAAGACGGAGCAGGCGAGUAGAAGAGGGGGAAAAACAAAAUUUGCCAAAAAGGUUGUAAAAACAUCUGGAAAGAUCAACUGUCAAAAAGUUGAAUGUAAGACUGCUGAGGUGCCACGGAGUGAGAGUGAGAUCACUGUCUCUGAAGCAGUCAAACUACACGAACAGAUCAAAAGACUCAAAGAGCUUCUGCACGAGAAAGAGGCCGCUUUAGAACAGAUGACAAACAGCGUGGGCGAAGGUCAAACAAUUUAAACUCUAGUAAAUGUUUUGAAUUAUUAGUAUAUAAUAUGUUACUUCCAUUUAUGUUUGUUGGAGUUAGUCAGAUAUCUAUCAUGUUGACGUCAGUACUGUGUCCUGCACACAGGGCUGUAUUUUGGCAUGAAUACAUGUGAACGGAUUAGUUUAUUUAUAGUUCUAGUCACAUAUAUAAAGUUCAUCUACAAUUGUAUUGCCGGGAAGCUGACUAAGACAUUUAUCGAAGAUGGACAGGGAGAAGAGCAGCCUCCAGACAAAUAUUUACGUCACAAUUCUAGAGAAACACUCUACUGCUCCAUCAGCCGGGAACAAUAAAAUGUGUCUACUACUCUGUCUUAGCACCUCAUUUUGUAAAGGGGAUUACUCAGAAAUCUCUCCAUGAUCUCGUCAUGAUGGAAGAUAUCAGUUACAGUGAUCAUAACAACGUUUUAUUGAGCUAUUCUGCCUAAUUUCUAACAUUAUGGGUGAACUGUAAAAGCACAUCUAAUGUGAGGAACAGAUAAAUGAAGAAGAAAAGGCUUCAGAAAACAGUCAGUAUGGAGUUUAUAGUAGGUAACUAAAAAGCUAUUUACAUACUAUUUUUUAAUUCUGAAAUUGAAUAUCUUUUUAAUAUACUGAUGCAUUAUUUAUAUUUCAUAAGGGAACUAAAAAUAAAUGCAAAUAAAUGACCUUGUUGAAAUGA